UAGGGGAUGUUACUUUCAAGAAGGUUUGGAAAUAACGAUGGAUAUGGAAGUUGAGACUGCAUACAAGAGAUCAUUACAGACAGUUCUAGAUUUUGUUGAUCGUGAAUUAAAUACAAGCAAAACGCAGGUCUUCUUUCGCACAUAUGCCCCUGUCCAUUUCAGAGGAGGAGACUGGAGAAACGGGGGAAACUGUCACCUGGAGACACUUCCAGAGCUAGGUUCUUCAUUGGUACCGUCGAACAAUUGGGAAAUGUAUAACCUUUUCAGCAAUGUAGUUUCAGCUCACUUGAACUCGUCAAAUGCGGAAGCAGUAGAAGUACUAAAUAUAACUCAUAUGACCGCGAGGAGAAAAGAUGGGCACUCAUCUUUGUAUUACUUGGAUCCUAGUGUUGGUCCUGUGCCUCCCCACAGGCAGGACUGCAGCCAUUGGUGUCUGCCUGGCGUCCCAGAUGCAUGGAAUGAGCUCCUGUAUGCUAUCUUUCUAAAACAUGAGAAUCUGCAAUUCAGAAAUCGUUACUUUGGGCACAUGGAUGAUUCUUAGCAAGUGUAUAUAUACUCUGUGACUAGGAACAAUUUACUCCCCUGGACACCAAUGAGGUGGUAUUCUUAUGUCGGAAAAGGCAGAAGAAAAGGAGGAUUUUGUGGGAGUAUAGCGGUGAGUGUAGAUCAACUGAAAAAUGUAUGUUCAAGCUGUUGGGAACAUGAGACUCCAUGUAAACAAGGGUCUUAGUCAGACACCAUUUUUGUUUUGUUUUGUUUUCUUUCUGGUUGAUGGUGAAAGAAGCCAGCUUUUGGGCAAAUGAGUUAAGAAGGGUUCUCUUCUUUGUAUUUUUCCUCCAGCAUUCGGAGCAUAGCUGUAGUGGAAAGCAUUACCUUUACCAUAGGAUCAAUUGUUAAUAAACUAGUUCUCAUCACAUAUAUUGCUGUCUUAAUUGCUGGAGAUCAGGUAUUUGCU